AUGACACCAUUUGCAAUUCUAAAAGAUUCUUCGUGUUCUCCAGAUAAUAAAGAUGAAGAAAAAGAAGUACUUUUUACAAUAGGUGCUAUUUUUAAAGUUCAAUCAAUUGAACAUUAUGGCAACAUUUGGUAUGUUCAUCUGCAACUAAAUAAAGAACAAAAUGAAAUUAGUCGAAAUUUUUCAGAUCACAUGAUGAAACAAAUUGGAUCAGAACCAGAUUCAUUAUUAUUCGGUUGGUUUCUUUUUCGAAUGGCUAAAUUUGAUGAAUUUGAACGUUAUGCGAAAAAAAUACUUAAACAACUUCCAUGA